AGUGGAUGGGCUCUGCCUGCUCUCUCUGCUCUGCAGAGACGCAUCAACUCCUCUGACCUGUCGCUCCCUCCCGCCUCCCUCCCACCAACCAAUCGCCGGCGACCUCGGCCCCUCGCCAUUACCGCGCUCCGUCGAGGUCGGCGCCGCACCUCUACUCUCCCCGCCAGUCAAUGCGAUGCCCGCCGCGUUUCCCUUCUGAUUUUGCCGGUCGCCUGAGGGUGGCGUAGGGUUCCUCCUGCCUCUGCGGCGGCGGGCGGACGACUUCUUGGCUCCGGCGGUUGCUCCUGUCCAGUCCAUUCCGCUUGGAGGUGCUGAGGACAUCAAGAAUGAUGCUUCUGUAUAUGCUUACAUGACAUGAGUCAGCGGGACAGCUUGGAUUCCUCCAGUUCAUAUCUGAUGGAAUUUGUGCUUUGAUCGAGCCAGGGGGGCGGUGCUCGGAUUCUGUAGCCACUUAGAGGGGGAUCUUUGGUAAUCUCAGUUAACUGAUACAUCCAAAGUUUGAAAAAAAGAAAACAUCACUAGGAGUUAAUUGUGCUUUUCUGACAAAAGCACACGCUUAACCGUAAUUAUGCGCGUAAUACGCGCUGGUAUCGCCCAGGCACGCCUUGUUAACUAUGGUCUUGUCACACUACCACGUUGAGCAGCUUUUUGCUUCAUCUGGAACUUGUGCAGUUUAGGCUUUAGACUACUUCAGUGUCUACUACUGGAUAGGAAGCCAUGAAGAUCAGCGCGCUCAUGACCUCUGCGGGCAUCAACAUUGGGAUCUGCGUGCUCCUGUGGUCCCUCUAUUCCGUUCUCAGAAAGCAGCCAGCAUUUGUCAGGGUCUACUUCGGCCGGAGGAUCGCCGAGGAGAAUAGACUGCUCCGAGAGGCCUUCAUCUUGGAGAGGUUUGUUCCAUCCACCGGCUGGAUCGUCAAGGCCCUGCAGUGUACCGAGGAAGAUCUCUUGGCAGCUGCUGGGCUGGAUGCUAUUGCUUUCAACAGAAUACUAGUGUUCAGCAUACGCAUCUUUUCCCUAGCUGCCAUCCUGUGCCUUUUUGGAAUUCUUCCAGUGCAUUAUUUCGGACGAAAGACGCAUCACCUUGAGAUUCCUUCAGAACAAUUGCAUAUGUUCACAGUUCAGAAUGUGGAAGUGCAAUCAAGAUGGCUUUGGGUUCAUUCUUUAGUCCUCUACAUAAUAUCUGGAGUAGCUUGCUUUCUCCUACAUAUUGAGUAUAAGCACAUUGCUAGGCUGAGGCUCCUUCACCUUAAACGCACAACACUAAAUCCAGGCCAAUUUACUGUGCUUGUUCGCGGAAUACCAAAGACAGCAAACGAAUCGUGCAGUAGUGACGUUGAUGAUUUCUUCACCAAGUAUCAUGCAUCAAGUUACCUAUUCCAUCAAGUUGUUUACAAGGCUGGGAAAGUUCAGAAGAUAAUGACUGGUGCGAAGAAGGCAUGUGGAAAGUUGGACCAUUCCACUUCCACAGACACAACUCUAGAUCAGAGCCGCAAAGCAAUUACAUACCCGUGUUGUGUUUGUGGAGCUUCUUCAAAUUCUUUCCAGUUGUUACCGACUGACGAAGUUGCAAAGAACAUAGAUAACGAGGAAUGUGCGGCUGCUUUUGUAUUUUUCAAAACUCGGUAUGGCGCACUUCUUGCUUCACAAGCACUUCAGACUUCGAACCCUACGAAGUGGGUUACCGAUCUAGCUCCAGAGCCAGAUGAUGUGUAUUGGUCAAACAUUUGGCUUCCCUAUAAGCAGCUUUGGAUUCGACGGAUAGCUACGCUUCUAGGUUCUCUUGUUUUUUCGGUCUUAUUUUUGCUACCAGUGACAUUUAUACAAGGUCUGUCCCAGCUUGAUCAGGUGCAUCGGAAGCUUCCUUUUCUUAAUGGGUUAUUAAAGCAGCCAUACAUAAGCCAAAUAAUAACUGGAUACCUUCCAAGUGUCAUACUGCUACUAUUCCUGUACACCGUUUCGCCAAUAAUGAUAUUGUUUUCGACAUUGGAGGGGCCUACAUCUCACAGUGAAAGGAAGAGGAGUGCUUGCUCUAAAGUGCUGUACUUCUUCAUUUGGAAUGUGUUCUUUGUUAAUUUAGCAUCUGGUGCUGUCAUAAGCCAAUUGAAUUCUUCUUCAACCACAAAGGACAUCGCUGUCCAGCUAGCUGGUGUCAUACCUGGGCAGACUACAUUCUUCAUCACCUAUGUUCUGACUUCAGGAUGGGCCAGUUUAUCGUCUGAACUUAUGCAACUCUUUGGUCUGAUCUAUAACUUUAUAAUAAAGUAUGUUCUGAGAAUGAAAGAAGAUACAGCGUUCGUCCCCACGUUUCCGUAUCACACAGAAGUACCAAAAGUUAUGUUGUUUGGCCUGUUGGGCUUCUCAUGCUCUGUACUGGCACCCUUGAUCCUACCUUUUCUGCUAGUCUACUUCUUCCUGGGUUAUGUCGUAUACCGCAAUCAGCUACUCAACGUUUACCGGAUGAGAUAUGACAGUGGUGGUUUGUAUUGGCCAAUUGCACACAACACGGUGAUGUUCUCUCUCGUGCUCACCCAGAUCAUCUGCUUCGGCGUAUUUGGCCUAAAAAAAUCACCAGUAGCUGCAGGCUUCACCAUACCUCCUAUAUUCUUUAUUCUUUCAUUCAAUCAGUACUGCAGAACCCGGUUUCUUCCUCUAUUCAAAACUUUUCCCACACAGGACUUAAUCGACUUGGACAGGGAAGACGAAAGGUCAGGAAGAAUGGAACAUAUUCACCAUGGACUCCGUUCCGCGUAUCGCCAGUUCCCUGAUGAAGAUAUAAAGCUGGAGAAAAUCCUGACCGUCCGGAAUGACGAGGACCAAGAUGAAGGUCGUAGCUCGAGCGAGCCCAACGGAGAACAAACCUGCAAGGAACAAGAGCCCGGAAGGGAUCUGUGUCACCCUACUCUGGAGGGACUCCCUGUUAGCCGUCUGCGGGAUUCCGUGAGAUCCAUCGCUUUCCUCUGGACUGCAAAGAAGAGGUCCGGCGAUAGCGCAUUGAUGAACUAACCACUAACUAACCCGUUUAUCUGUCCGUCAGCUUGUGUAAAUGUACGUCAGUAUAGGUCAUACAUACAAGUAUAGUAUACAUCACGCAUUAGUUAGAAAAUCCAAGUGAAGCAUCAUCAUAGUUAUUGGGGUGCAAUUUUUGUUUAGGGCAGCGUUCCAAGUUUGGACAAACAGGAAGUAAGGCCACCCACAAUGCAUAGUAUCAUGGGCUAGUAUCAAAAUAACGCAUGAUACUACUUUAGUUACUGCAUCCACAUUGCAUAAUAUCAUACAUUAGUAUCACAUUAUCACUUGAUAUGUUCAGUUGUGAAAUCUUGAUACGAAAUCGUGGAUAUGAUCAAUUUCUUAGGAAUUCUUCUCAUUUGAUGCUCUGUAUAUUGUAUCAUAAUAUUGAAGAAUUUUGGGUUUUAUGCCCGGCUGA